AUUUUAUUUGCUCCACAAUUGUUAGCUGGGGUAGGUCUCAAUCUGUCAGCAAUGGCACCAGAACCAAACAUUUCAGAAGCUGAAAGCACCAGCAACUCACCCUCAUGCUCGUCUGGUUUGUUGCAUACUCGCCCGAAUUCAACCUCCAACACGCCCAACACCAUAACCAAGAAGCCCAGCUCAGAGCAGCAGCAGCAAGUAAUACUCAAAAGAAAGAGACAUGAUGAUAGCAACGUCAACAGCAGCAAACACCCAGUUUACAGAGGAGUUCGUAUGCGCAACUGGGGAAAAUGGGUGUCUGAAAUUCGCGAGCCGCGCAAGAAGUCAAGAAUCUGGCUUGGCACAUUCUCAACUCCUGAGAUGGCAGCCCGUGCGCAUGACGUAGCCGCCCUCAGCAUUAAGGGCAGCUCCGCCAUUCUGAACUUUCCAGAAUUGACCGAGUUGUUGCCACGGCCAGCGUCCCUUAAACCUCAAGAUGUCCAGGCUGCCGCGACCAAAGCAGCAGCCAUGGUUCAUUUAAAUUCUACAACAUCAUCAUCAUCGUUAUCAUCAUCGUCCUCCUCCUCUUCCUUGUUUUUGUCGCAGUCCGAGGGUUCGGAUUCUGAGGAGCUAGGGGAGAUUGUGGAGUUACCCAAUAUCGAGGGCAGUUUCGAGUCGCCCGAGUCGAGGAACGAGUUCAUACUGGUUAAUGACUCAUUGGAUGCGUGGGUGUAUCCAUCACUAGGUCUCGAGGGAGUUGAGUUAAACUUGUGGGGAUUUUUCUCAUCAGAUAUUAGCAGCUGAGAGAACUUAAUGUGGGUUGUGAAUGACUUAAUUGGUGUUCGUAGUUUUUUUUUAGCUUUUUCAUCUCUAGAAAAUUGCUGAUUUUAUAUGGUCCGAUAUAAUUCAUUGUGCAAGUUGUUUGCCUGCUUUUGACAAGUGGUCACAAUUGUCAUUGUAAUAUAAUCCAUACAAUUUGGUGAUAUAUCUUUAAUUAUUUAGUA